UUAUUUAAAGUACCGUGGAGAAAAUAUCACGACAUACCGUUUAUAGACUUUUAUAAGAAAACUACAGGACACACAAUAUCUCAAGAUUAUUUACAAGUCUUAAAAAAGAGGCACCCACACAUAGACGAAAUAACACAGGACCGAUUACAAUGUACUCUGCAAAUAUUAGAAAAGUUCAAUAUUACUCCGGAAGAGGCUUGCAACAACCUUCAUGUUUUCAGUAUGAACCCCAUCACUAUGGAUAACUACGCUGAAAUAUUAAAAGAAUGUGGCUUUGUUACAAUAUCUCCACAACAUAUUAUCAAGUACCACACGUUUGUACAACACCGAAAAAUAAUACAAUUGAAAAAAGAGGGUUUGCUUCCACCAAACAUGGAAUUAGAACAAUUUAUAUUAGACAAAUUUCAAGAAUGGCCCGACAGUUGUAAGAGUUUACAGAAGUUUCCAGAUUCCACCUCAACUAUUUUAACAAUUCGUGUAAGUAUUUUGGAGAGGUUCUUACAUUGGAAGUUAUCAGUAACACCGGAACAAUUUGAAAAAUACUGUAGAAACUACCUGCCUUUGAAACAUAGGCCAAUGUCAGACAUCCAAGAAGCCAUCAGUAUAGCGCAGAAUAAAAUUAAGUUUGACAAUGAAGGAAUUAAAAGAAACGGUUUUAUUAUAUCUGCUGAUCCUAUGCAUACAAAGCUUAUACUGGAGAAUGUAGGCAGUAUUGCAGGUUUGGAUAUUUGCGACGCUUUAAAAAAAGAACCGGCCAUUUUGAAGAAUAACUAUAAUUCAAUUAUUCAAGUUAGGAAUGUAUUAGAGGAAUACAGAAUAUCAGACGAAGCUCAAAGACGUUGUUUGAAGGUUUUCUGCAUGCGCCCGGAAACUGUUAGAGAGCGUCUCGAAGAAUUUACUAAUUUAAAAGAAUACCAAGUAUUAAAAACAAAUCCUAGGAUCCUCUUCCUGGUAAUACAUAAGAAGAAAAUGAUGAACCGCCUAACCAAGAUGCAGACUGCAAAAAAACAGUGUUUCAGUCUUAAUCAUUUAGUGUCGUCAACCAAAAUAUUUGAAAAUUACAUAAGCAGUUUUGGCGACAAAGUCUGCGGGAGAGAUAUAGCAAUAAUAAUAUCAUCGUCGCUAAGCAAACUGCCAUCUGUGAACAACAGCGUUUCUCUUGAGCAAAGCAUAUUAAUCCAGCUGAGACGACACAAGUACUGGCUGCAUGUAGCUAUGACCUCCAUCGACGAAACCCUGACGUUUCUCAAGAAAAAGUUCGAUGAUCAAACUAUUUUUAAUAAUUGCCAGAUUGUUUUAUAUCCAAUGUCGGUAGUACAACACUACAUAGACAACCUGCUAAAUAAACGUAAACACAAAAAUGAUAAUGACGAGUCCAACACUGAUUUACAUUACAACUACUUGAAUAUAGACAGCCUGACUGACGAUCAGAUUCUAAGUCUGGUGCUAUAUGAAAUUGAGAAGAAGUACCAUUUUAGUGGAGACGGUAUCUGGUCUACUCAGGAAGCAAUGAAAGUAAACUCACAAAAAGAACUACUGAACCGAGCCAACAUCAAAGUUUCAGGAUUGAGCAUUGGAAAUCUUUACAAAUAAAAAAAAACUAACUGACAAUGAUUUUUGUUUUAACACUGUCGAUCAGUUGUAAUAAAAAAAUGCAGCCUUCAAUGAUUUCGAAUCACUGCAUUUUAAAAAUC